UCAAGAGACUUUAGUAUCAAAAUUUCAUUUGUAUUAGAACAAACAUUUCAAAUUCGGCAAACAUUACAAAAAUAAAAAAAAUAAAAUAACAAAUUUAGUGUAUUGUAUUAACCAAUUUGAUUAUAAUGGCGCUUCGUCUUACGACCAUUGCUCUUCUAAAACGCACUUCUUUAUUACUCGUGCCAAAGCAGUUAAAAGCAGCUCCGCCAACACGCACUCUACUAUUAAGAAGGAAUCUGGUACCGUUUUUAGAUGAUGAUCCUUGUGUGUUCUCAAAGAAGGCCAUCAUGCACCAUUGGGGGGUCCUUCCGAUUUUGUUCAUAUCAAUCGUUGGAGGUAUACUUAAAGUGGGCGCCAUGAUUCGCCUGGCUUUGGUCAAGGACGAUGUGUUCUUCACCAAGGAUUCGGCUUACUAUGAGUACUUGGAGACGCGCAAAGGACCCUGGUACAGGCAGAAGAGUCGCAAGUGGGGUGGUCGCGAUGAGUAUCCUAUGCCACCCGAAUUGCUCCUGGCCAAACAGGGUGAUGUCAAUGGUCCCUCAUUUGCCGGGGACGAGAAGCCAAAAAGUGACGAGGGUCCGGAUAUCAAAACCAUUGCAGGACAUGCAGUGAUCACAGGAGUAGCUUUGGGUUUGGCAACAAUGCUGUAGAAAGUCGUAGGACGCAGCAGAUUGACAAUCUCAGGAUAGAGCUGUUUUAGUUAUAGUGAAGACGCAUGUUUCAGUUUUACUACGAUCUGUAUUGAAAAGGACGACAGAAGGGAAAAGGAAAAAAUAGCUUUGAUUGGACGUGGUGGUCAGAUUAGCAUCGAAACUAUGUAUUGUAUAGACUUGACUCUACGUCUUCCAUCUGUUCGUCUGGCCUUGAGGUUUCGGAUCCGCUGAGAAGGAUUCCCAACUAGACUGAUGGGAGAGAUCUUAGACAAGGUUUACUAUCUGUGGUAUUUGAGCACAGAUUUCGGAGUGCAGGAUACUGGGCUAUUUAAACUGGCACGAAGAAGGACGAUCCUUGCUGUUUUUCUUAAAUAGUGAAGAAACAUACCAUUUUUUGCACGCAAUUUCAUUAGAGGCGCCCCCAAGUGGCGAGUAGCUACUCCUUUCGUAUGGAAAGUAAAGAGGUCCUCGAUGUAAAAUGUUCUACGCUGUGUAGAAUGCAAAUGGUGGAUGUAAAAUGGAAGCCUGUUUUUCGUAACUGCCGUUUUGAACCUACUUUGAUCAACAACGAAUUUGUACAUCUCUAGCGCCCCAAAUUCCUCAAGUUUAAAUCAUACAUUUUUAAAAGAUAUUUUUACAAUAAAACGAUUAAGCUUUCUAUGAA